CCGGGAGGCUGGGUCACGCGAUCGGUAGUUGGGGAGAAUUCACAUUCCCCUUUCCGCUCCCAUGCUGCCCUCUUCUCUCCAGAACGUGACUUGUAAGGAAGGGGCACCAGGGCUGGGUCACUGUAAGUGAGGUUCCAGACAGACCCCUCUGGGCAGACCUAAGAGGAGUGGUGGGUGUCUGGGAAAGGUCAUCCCCCCGACUCCACCCCCUCACCCCCCAGAGAAGUUUCCAAGAGGAUCUGGCAGCAACUUUCUGGAGGAAGGACAUUUUGGUGAGGCCGUCCCCAAUGUCCUGGGCUGGGGUCUGUGCCAGCUGCUGUUGGCGGCUGGCAGAAGCUGUUCUAUCUGCUCCUGCCAGGGAUGAGGAGAGGGCCCCCCUCCUGCCCAAGGCCUCUACCAUGGAGCGCCCCUUGCCAGUGCAGAGCAGGCCAGAUGCUCCCUGUGCCAGGGACCCUUACCCGGAUAUUAUCCCCAUCAAUAGAGCCAGUAGUGAGGGGCCGAGAGCGGGAGAGAGAAGGGUUCUUGGAAUAGAGAUGCCUAGUAGUGGAAGCCUUCAGGGUCCAAGAGUGGGCUCAGCCACCCGUCCCGCUGCUGUCCUUCCGGCCGACCUUGAGCUAGGCACCACGAGGGGGGAGUUAGCCUGCGCUCAGGCCAGUGGAGCAGAGCAGGGCCUUGUGAAACUUGAAGCUAGCAGUUCUGGCUUCAAAGCGGGCAGCUGGGCAGGGUCAGCUGGUGGGGUGGAUCUGGCCAAUGAAGCCCCAUUCACAUAUAGCAGCCGUGAGGCCCAGGACUGGGGCCCCACCUGUGAACUAGAGGCCCAGGCUUCUCCUUGGCCGGGCAGAUGGGGGGCUGCAGAACCAGAUUUGGCAAGCGCUGGCAGUCCCCGUAUCCCCCAAGAAGAGCAUCCCAACCCCAAAGGGCCAGGGCCCUGUGGGGAUGAGAGCUCUGCAUCACCAGAACAGAAGAGGGAGGAGACACGACAGCAGCCGCUGCCACUGCCUGGAGGAGAGCUCCCAGCAGUCAUGCUACUGAACGGGGAUUGUUUGGACAAGAAGAGCGAGGAACCUAAGGAGAAUGGACACGAGGAGGCUGAGCCCAGUGAUGAGGCCAGCGGGCAGGAGGUCAUCGUCAUCCAAGAUACCGGCUUCACAGUCAAGAUCUUGGUCCCCGGGAUUGAGCCUUUCUCCUUGCAGGUUUCUCCCCAAGAGAUGGUCCAGGAGAUUCACCAGGUGUUGAUGGAUCGGGAGGACACCUGCCACCGCACCUGUUUCUCUUUGCAACUGGAUGGCAAUGUGCUUGACAACUUCUCAGAGCUCCGCACCAUCGAGGGGCUGGAGGAGGGCUCUGUGCUCCGGGUGGUAGAAGAGCCGUAUACUGUGCGGGAAGCCCGGAUCCACGUGCGCCACAUCCGAGACCUGUUGAAGAGCCUGGAUCCCUCUGAUGCCUUCAACGGGGUGGACUGCAACUCCCUCUCCUUCCUGAGCGUCUUCACCGAUGGUGACCUAGGAGAUAGUGGGAAACGGAAGAAGAAAGGCAUUGAAAUGGAGCCCAUAGACUGCACACCCCCUGAGCAUAUCCUUCCUGGGAGCAAGGAUCGGCCCCUCUGUGCACUGCAACCCCAGAACCGAGAUUGGAAGCCGCUGCAGUGUCUGAAGGUGCUCACGAUGAGUGGCUGGAACCCCCCACCUGGGAACCGGAAAAUGCACGGGGAUCUCAUGUACCUGUUUGUCAUCACGGCCGAGGACAGACAUGUUAGCAUCACGGCCUCCACCCGAGGCUUUUACCUGAACCAGUCCACAGCAUACAACUUCAACCCCAAGCCUGCCAGCCCCCGAUUCCUGAGUCAUUCCUUGGUGGAGCUACUCAACCAGAUCAGUCCAACCUUCAAAAAGCACUUUUCUCUGCUGCAGAAGAAAAGGGUCCAGCGCCAUCCUUUUGAGAGGAUCGCCACCCCGUUCCAGGUUUACAGCUGGACGGCCCCCCAGGUGGAACAUGCCAUGGACUGCGUGCGGGCCGAGGAUGCCUACACGUCUCGGCUGGGCUAUGAAGAGCAUAUUCCUGGCCAGACCCGAGACUGGAAUGAGGAGCUGCAGACAACAAGGGAACUCCCUCGCAAGAACCUUCCUGAGCGGCUGCUGAGAGAACGUGCCAUCUUUAAGGUCCACAGUGACUUCACAGCAGCAGCCACCCGGGGGGCCAUGGCGGUCAUCGAUGGCAACGUCAUGGCUAUCAACCCCAGCGAGGAGACCAAGAUGCAAAUGUUCAUUUGGAACAACAUCUUCUUCAGCCUGGGCUUCGACGUCCGAGACCACUACAAGGACUUUGGUGGGGAUGUGGCCGCUUACGUGGCCCCCACCAAUGACCUGAAUGGGGUGCGCACCUACAACGCCGUAGAUGUCGAGGGCCUUUAUACUUUGGGCACUGUGGUGAUAGACUACCGAGGGUACCGUGUCACGGCCCAGUCUAUCAUCCCUGGUAUCCUAGAGCGGGAGCAGGAGCAGAGCGUCAUCUAUGGUUCCAUUGACUUUGGAAAGACCGUGGUGUCCCACCCACGCUACCUGGAGCUCCUGGAAAAGACGAGCCGGCCCCUGAAGAUCCAGAGGCACCGCGUGCUCAACGACCGUGAUGAGGAGGUGGAACUCUGCUCCUCUGUGGAGUGCAAGGGCAUCAUCGGCAACGACGGCCGCCACUACAUCCUGGACCUGCUGCGCACCUUCCCCCCUGACCUCAACUUCCUGCCUGUGGCUGGCGAGGAGCUGCCCGAGGACUGCCGGCGGGCCGGGUUCCCCAAGUCCCACCGCCACAAGCUCUGCUGCCUUCGCCAAGAGCUGGUGGACGCAUUUGUGGAGCACAGGUACCUCCUCUUCAUGAAGCUGGCCGCCAUUCAGCUCAUGCAGCAUAAAGCCAACAGGGCUGAGAGCCCAGGCCCCCUGGAGAAUGGUACUUCGGAGGCCAGGGCUUCGGUGACGCCAGAGGCUGCGGAAGCUGCAGGAGAGGAAGGGGCGAGCGGCCUGGCCAAGGUGAAGGAGCUUGCUGAGACCAUCGCCUCUGACAGCGGCCCAGCAGUGGACCCCAAGAGCCGGGAGGUGAUCCAGAACGCCUGUAAAGCCGUGGGUUCUGUCAGCAGCACCUCCUUCGAUAUCCGCUUCAAUCCUGACAUCUUCUCACCAGGGGUGAGAUUCCCCGAGUCCUGCCAGGAUGAAGUUCGGGACCAGAAACAGCUGCUGAAAGACGCCGCAGCCUUCUUGCUGUCCUGCCAGAUUCCUGGCCUGGUGAAAGACUGCACAGACCAUACGGUGCUGCCCAUGGAUGGGGCCACAUUGGCAGAGGCCAUGCACCAGCGUGGCAUUAAUAUCCGCUACCUGGGCAAGGUGCUGGACUUUGUGCUCAGGAGCCCAGCCCGCCCUCAGCUGGACCACAUCUAUAAAAUUGGCAUUAGUGAGCUCAUCACGCGGUCUGCCAAGCACAUCUUCAAGACCUACCUUCAGGGUGUGGAGCUCUCAGGCCUCUCAGCAGCCAUCAGCCACUUCCUGAACUGCUUCCUGAGUUCCUUCCCCAACCCUGUGGCUCACCUUCCUGCUGAUGAGCUCGUCUCCAAGAAGAAGAACAAGAGGAGGAAAAACCGGCCCCCAGGAGGGGCCGACAACACAGCCUGGGCUGUCAUGACCCCCCAGGAGCUCUGGAAGGACAUCUGCCAGGAGGCCAAGAAUUACUUUGAUUUUGGCCUGGAGUGUGAGACCGUUGACCAGGCUGUGGAAACCUUCGGGCUGCAGAAGAUAACCCUCCUGCGCGAGAUCUCCCUGAAAACUGGAAUCCAGAUCUUGCUGAAAGAGUACAGCUUUGACAGCAGGCACAAGCCGGCCUUCACCGAGGAGGACGUCCUCAACAUCUUCCCUGUGGUCAAGCACGUCAACCCCAAGGCCUCGGACGCCUUCCACUUCUUCCAGAGUGGCCAGGCCAAAGUGCAGCAGGGCUUCCUGAAGGAGGGCUGCGAACUCAUCACGGAGGCCCUGAACCUCUUCAACAACGUGUACGGGGCCAUGCACGUGGAGAUCUGCGCCUGCCUCCGGCUCCUGGCCCGACUGCACUACAUCAUGGGGGACUACGCAGAGGCCUUAAGUAACCAGCAGAAGGCGGUGCUGAUGAGCGAGCGCGUGCUGGGCAUCGAGCACCCCAACACCAUCCAGGAAUACAUGCACCUGGCCCUGUACUGCUUCGCCAGCAGCCAGCUGUCCACGGCCCUGAGCCUGCUGUACCGGGCCCGCUACCUCCUGCUGCUCGUCUUUGGGGAGGACCAUCCCGAGAUGGCCCUGCUGGAUAACAACAUCGGCCUGGUGCUGCACGGGGUCAUGGAGUACGAGCUGGCGCUGCGUUUCCUGGAGAACGCUCUGGCCAUCAACGCCAAGUACCACGGCGCCAAGUCCCUCAAGGUGGCCCUCAGUCACCACCUGGUCGCCCGGGUCUACGAGAGCAAAGCCGAGUUCCGGUCGGCGCUGCAGCACGAGAAGGAGGGCUACACCAUCUACAAGGGCCAGCUCGGAGAGAACCACGAGAAGACCAAGGAGAGCUCCGACUACCUGAAGUGCCUCACCCAGCAGGCCGUGGCCCUGCAGCGCACCAUGAACGAGAUCUACCGCAACGGCUCCAGCGCCAACAUCGUGCCCCUCAAGGUCACCGCCCCCAGCAUGGCCAGUGUCCUGGAGCAGCUGCACAUCAUCAACGGGAUCCUCUUCAUCCCCCUCAGCCAAAAAGAUCUGGAGAACCUGAAGGCCGAGGUGGUGCGGCGGCACCAGCUCCAAGAAACCAGCAAGGCCUCGUCUGGCGCUGCCGCCGCCGCUGCCGCCGCCGCGGAGUCUCGAGAGGAGGCCGAGCCCGGCCUGAAGCCGGGGGGCGCCCCCCCUGCCCCGAGCUCAGUGUGAUGUCCCCGGGGCAGAGGGAGACCCCGGACGCUCACCCGCCACGACCGCAGAGGGCAGGUGGACGCCGCGCCUGCCGCCCGCGGGGAGGGGCCGCCCUUCCCCCGAGCCCCUCGGCCCCCCCACGUUCUUGCACUGGUUCAGUGACUACACGAUGCAAAGCCCUCCUGGGAGACCCGGGACUGGAUGGAGCGGGAGCACGCAGCGGGCGGCCGCCUGCCCCCGCCCAGCCCCCGCCCUGCCCGCCUGUACAUAGCCCCGACUUGUUUCCCCAAAUGGACUCUUGUGGAGAUGAGAUUGUUCCUCAGGUCAUUUGUAUGCUUGACGUAAGGCCGCCGCCGCUUCUGCCGCCGCCCUCGGCCGGGCACCCAGGCUCAAGCCAAAACGAGGGGGGCUCCCGCGGGCGCCCCCGCCCCCCGGGGCUAUCUUAGCUUUUCUGCUUUAGGAAAGAGCCAUCGCCAUCCGCGCAGCAUUGUGUCGUGCCGACGCUCGCCACGGGCGUCCUAGAUGUGCUUCGGGGCCUGGUUGUCUGUGACGUCCCCAUCCCGGCCCCCAUCCGUCCAUAGUGCCUCCUGAGGUGCCGAGGCCUGCCCCUGCGCCCAGCUCCAAUACGCACAGCCCCCGCCCGCCCCGCCUCCCCCCUCCCCGGGGCUUCACCGUGAAUGUAUCUCCCCCACACUGGCUCCCAGCUGUUCCACGGGGAGGGGAGACCCUAGGAGGGCGCCAGGGCCGAAUCAUGAGCCCCCCAACAUGAAAGGAAAUUGUUGCUGCCCGCGGGGGGGGGGGUCCUCCCUGUCUCCUGCUGAUCAUGGUGGCUCGAGAGUGUGUGCUGGGACAGAGGAGCCUGGGGGCCGCCUGCCCUCCUCCUCUUCACGGGGCGGGAAAGGGGAUGCGCACUGGCUGUGUGUAAGAAGGGGGGGGGGUCUAGGCUGGGAAAAGCCACCAUCCCCCCUCCACCUGAAGCCCCAGGCCCAGUCCAUCCAGCCGCCUCGUUUCAAAAACUCGUGUAAGAGAGCGAAUGUGAGCGAGAAAGUGAGUGUGAGCGUGUCCCCACAAGCUACCAAGAACUCGGUUUUCUUGUUUUUAAACCAUCACAUCUUCGUUUCACAUUGGAAUAAAGUGAAUUUUUGAAACCUGC